UUAAAUUAAUUUUUUUGAUGAAAUAAUAAUAACGAAAAAAAUCAUGUUUUCAUUGCAAACUGUAAUAUCUUUAUUAUUAUUAUUAGUAUUAUUAGUUAAUUCAUGUUUUAGUGAAAACUUGAACAACCGUUUGGACUGUUGGUUAGAAAAUGGCUAUCAAAUAGAUGAACAAUCAUGUUUAGCCAGGGGGUGUAUAUGGGAUCGUACACCACGUCCACAGGGUGUCCCAAUAUGUUAUUUAGAUACAGGGAAAGUGGGGUACAAAGUGGUCGGACCGGUACGCAAAUCGGACUCGGGUUUAGAGGCCGAUCUCGCCUUGAAAUCGACGGCCACUAAAACACUGCAAUCGCCGUCCAUAGAGUCGUUGAAAUUUCAGGCACGCUAUCUAACCGAUCGUAUCAUCCGGUUUACGCUCAGGGAUGCAAAAAAUCCUCAUCGAUAUGAAGUACCCAUACAAUCGACAUUUAAUUUAUUGGAUAGUCUAGAAACUGAUGAACAAAAACGUCAAUAUUUAUUGAAUGUUAGCUCAAAUUUAAAUGAUUUUCAAUUUACUAUUCAACGUAAAGAUAAUCAAAAUAAUGUUUUCGACACAUCAAUCGGCGGACUAGUCUAUUCCGACCAAUUCAUCCAAUUGGCCACCCGAUUGGCCACCCGUACAGUCUAUGGGUUCGGCGAAAAUGUUCACCAGACCCUACAGCAUGACCUCAACUACCGUACUUGGCCGAUGUUUGCCCGGGAUGUACCACCCGGUGAUAACGAGCAUAACCUGUACGGUGUUCAUCCGUUUUAUACGGUACUCGAACGGGACGGUCGGGCACAUGGAGUCUUGUUUAUCAAUAGUAACGCUAUGGACUAUACACUACUACCCGAACCGGCCCUAUCGUUGAAAAGUUCGGGCGGUAUACUCGACUUUCUGGUGUUUGUCGGCGACAAUCCCGAACACGUCAUCCAAUUGUAUACGUCGGUAAUCGGCCGGACAACUAUGCCACCCCUAUGGGGUCUGGGGUUUCAGUUGUGUCGAUACGGUUUCAAAGAUACCAAUAAUGUUAAGCAAAUGAUUGAUCGCAAUAUCAAAGAACAGAUACCAUUGGAUGUUAUGUACAUUGAUAUCGACUACAUGAGCAACUACGAGGACUUUACCUACAAUAGUGACGGGGCAUUCAAAGGGCUACCUGAGCUGAUGAAACAAACACGUAAUACAAGUCAAUUACACUGGACAUUGAUACUGGAUCCGGCUAUCGAGGCUAACAAUCCCAAGUACCAGGCAUUUAGUGAGGGAUACAAACAGGAUGUCUAUAUUAAAUGGGAUCCACAGAUACCGGUUAAGGACAGACACUAUCCACCGGAUGUCCCGACCGAUAAGGGUGUCCUGUAUGGUAAGGUAUGGCCUCGAGGACCGGCAGCUUUUCCCGAUUUUAUGCGCAAUCAGACGGAUAAGUGGUGGCAACAGGAGAUCCAAAAGUUUCAUACGACCGUACCGUUUGAUGCCCUAUGGAUUGACAUGAACGAGCCGUCAAACUUUCCCGACGGCUAUAAGAUAUGUCCGCACACUAAGUACGACUAUCCGCCGUUCAGGACAAAGGCUCUAUGGGGUGGCGGGGAUGUCCUAUCCCAGCAAACAGUAUGUAUGACUUCUAGACAGGGCGAAAACUCAGAGUACAUGCACUAUGAUGUACACAAUCUGUACGGCAUAACUGAGUCGAUUAGUACUAAAAAGGGUCUAUACGCUGCUACUGGUAAGCGAUCGUUUGCCGUUUCCCGGUCUACCUAUCCAUCAUCGGGCCGUUAUGUUGCCCAUUGGUUGGGCGAUAACUAUGCCAAUUGGUCGCACCUGAGGAAGUCAAUUAUCGGAAUGCUAGAGUUCAAUUUGUUUGGCAUUAAUUUUGUCGGAGCCGAUAUAUGCGGUUUUCAGGGCCAGACCACUCCCGACCUGUGCCGCCGAUGGCACCAAUUGGGCGCUUUCUAUCCGUUCAGUCGCAAUCAUAACGAUCUGUCCGUCCAGUCCGAUCAGGAUCCGGCCGCUUGGAAAGAUAUGGGUCAUCCGGAAGUUACCGAUACUGCUCGGGCAGCCCUGCAGCUCAGGUACCAGUUGUUGCCGCAUUUGUAUACCCUGUUCUACGAAUCGCAUACGACUGGGUCGACAGUUGCCCGACCCAUGCAUCACGUUUGGCCAUUGGAUGCAACCACUCAUACGAUUGAUCAACAGUUUAUGUGGGGUUCAAGUGUACUGAUAUCGCCGUUUGUGUUUGAGAACCAGAAGGAAGUUAAGGCAUACUUACCGGCGGCUGAUGUCUGGUAUGAAGUACGACCCGAAAUCAAACGGGUCGAGAAUGUCGGCUACAUUACAAUCCCCGAUACACCGGCCAGUCCGCCACCCGUUCACCUACGCGGCGGUCACGUAAUAUCGAUGGUCAGUACCGACAAACUGGUCACUACUCAAUCGGAUUCGUUCAAACAUUUGCAACUGGUUGUACUACCCGACGGUAAAACAGGUGGCAGCCAGUCAUCGUAUGGACAGUUGUUUUGGGACGACGGCGAUAGUAUAGAUACUAUUGAACGAAAUGCCUAUAAUCUGUAUUCAAUUAGACUGACCGGUGCUAACUGUACGGUAAGUAUUGUUGCCGAUAAACAUGGUUUAGAUAAAUCAGUGGUCAAACCAACCAUCGAUCGACUAGUAGUUGCCGGUACUCGACAAAUGCCCGGCCAAUUGGUAGCCACUGUUGACGGUAAACAAGUUCAGGCCAAACAUGUUAACGGUAGGACAGAAAUCGAUGUCAACCAACUGUUGGAUACGACAUCCACUAAUCAAUGGACAGUCCAGUGGAAAGAUAGUCAGUCAGGAAAAUGUGAUUUAUUGUGA